UGAAUUUGGAACAUUAUAUAUAUGGAUAACGGAAUCCAUCAGCCUCACAGCAAUUUUGACCUUCUUCAUUAUAUCUCUUUUCUGUUCGAACGUUUUUUUUUUCUGCAUCAACUAAAUGGGCUUCCUCCUUCUUGCAGCUCUCUCGCUUUCCAUAUUCACACUUUGCUACCUCUAUUUCAAAUUCAUUAAAACUCCGCUGGAGAUCCAACGUCUUUUCCGUCAACAAGGCAUCGGAGGACCAAGUUACAACCCCAUCUCCGGCAACUCCGACCAGCUUCAACGCCUGAUCAUGGCGGAAGAUAAAUUGUCGUCCAUGUCUGAAUCGUUCAACAACAGUCAAGUGGUUCGAAAGGUAAUGCCAUUCUACUACUUUUGGUCAAAGAUAUAUGGGGACCAAUUUUUUUUUUGGUUCGGGUCAAAACCCAGGUUAGCCAUUACCGAUCCGGAUAUGAUCAAGGAGAUCUUAUUGAAUACCAGUGGAUCGUUCCCGAAAACACGAGUUAACCCGUUGGUCAAGGGUCUGUUCGGCGACGGGAUCGUGUAUCUGGAAGGAGAUCAGUGGGCUGUUCAUCGAAAGAUCACUAGUCAAGCUUUUAACAUGGAGAGGAUUAAGGAAUUAGUCCCUGAAAUUGUGGCUAGCACCAAAAGCUUGCUAGAUAAAAUGGGAGCAAAAAUGUGUGUGGAAAACAGUCUCGAAUUAGACGUAUACAAAGAAUUCAACAACCUCUCAGCAGACGUAAUAUCAAGAACUGCAUUCGGUAGCAAUUUUGAAGAAGGAAAGCGCAUCUUCGAGUUGCAAGAUCAGCUUGUUAGGAUCGCAUCGGAAGCCAUACGAAGUGUUUACAUUCCCGGAUUCAAGUAUCUUCCAACCAAGAAAAACCGUUUAAGCUGGAACCUUCAACGAGAAUCAAAAGAGAUGAUUACGAAGAUUGUCGAGAAGAGUAACAAAACGAAGGAAAACCCUAAAGCUCUACUUUCGUUGUUAAUGUCUCCUUACAAGACGGGGAACAUAGAGAAGAGACUCAGUCUCGAUGAGAUUGUAGACGAGUGCAAAACAUUCUAUUUUGCAGGCAAGGAAUCGACAGCCAAUCUUCUGACGUGGGUUUUUGUUCUUCUCGGAUCAAAUCAAGAAUGGCAGGAAAAGGCUCGUGAAGAAGUAUUUCGGGUCUGUGGCAACGACGAGAUUCCUUCAGCUGAGCAUCUGUCCAGCUUCAAGAUGAUUAGCAUGAUACUAAACGAAGCACUUAGACUCUAUCCUGCAGCUCCAAUAUCUGUGCGAGAAGCCAGCUGCAAGGAUGUGAAGCUUGGAGGACUCCAGAUUCCGGCCAAAACACAGCUUUUUUUGGCCAUGGCUGCUGUUCAUCACGAUCAGAAGAUAUGGGGAGAAGAUGCACAAAAGUUCAACCCCAUGAGAUUUAUAGAUACCAAAAUACAACACAUGGCCUUCUACUUUCCUUUUGGUCUAGGCCCUCGUAACUGCGUUGGGCAAAAUCUGGCGAUUGUUGAGGCUAAAAUUGUUGUGGCUAUGAUCCUUACGAAAUACUGUUUUGUGGUUUCACCGUCGUAUGUUCAUGCCCCAAUCCAGGCUCUAACGGUUCGACCACAAUACGGUGCACCAAUGAUCUUUACUAUGGUUUCAAGUUGAUACGAUGAUCGUGAUGUAUAUUGAGUUUAAUGAAUAUUGUUUAACCCUUGAUCAUGUUGCACGACUAAAAUUUUCA